GACGCAGAGGGUUAAUUUCAAGCCCCCACCACCACCACCCACAUCUCCAAUUUGAAAGCCGCCUCUCUACCGGGAGAGGAAGGCUCUUUUUCGGUCAGAUGGCGUGCUGCAGUCCGCCCCCGUCAUUCUCCAGCCCACACAGACAGCAAAAAGGCAGCCAGCAACCAAUACGGUGCGCCGGAGGAGGAUUUCUGCCAGUGAUUUCAGACGAGUAUCGCUCCGGGAGAACCGACCCGUGACAUCGGUGGCUGGUGAGACGCCUUUGCGUAAUUACGCUGGUUUCCUCUCUACACAUCUGUAUACCUGACCUGAAGAAGGUUCAUGUGUUUCCUUUCUCCUGCCUAAACUUUCCAGUGCUGUGUGCCAUGUCUCUGCCACGCACACUUGGUGAGUUGCAGCUGUAUCGGGUCCUCCAGAGAGCCAACCUGCUGGCCUACUAUGAAACCUUUAUCCAGCAGGGUGGUGACGAUGUCCAGCAGCUCUGUGAGGCAGCGGAGGAGGAGUUCCUGGAGAUCAUGGCACUAGUUGGCAUGGCCACCAAGCCACUGCAUGUGCGUAGGCUGCAAAAGGCCCUCCGAGACUGGGCGGCGAACCCUGCCCUUUUCAGCCAGCCUGUUGCUAAUGUUCCUCUCGGGGGCAUCCCGCUCUUUAAAGUUGAUGGCACUGGCACAAGUGGAUCAGCUGGCGGGCCCAGAAAGUCUGUGAGUAAUGGGCAGCCAGGAUCCCCCUGUGAGAGAGAGGAUCGGGUGUGUCUUACACCAAUGCAUAGUGGGAGUCCAAGAAGCCCCUGCUCUCAGGCCUCUCCACAACCACCAGACACACACUACAGGGAAAAACUGUCACCCAUGGACCCACACUGGCUCAGCCCAGAGCAUGAUGGGAACUGCACUUUAGGUUCUGCACCUGGAACAGAAGAGGAGCCAUCCAGCCCGCCUCUCCUGUCAACAUGUCCUCCUGGUCCUUCCACAUCUCCGAGCCCCUCUGCAUCUUUUACUCCAGCAGCUCUGUCUGCCUGGUCCGGAGGACAGCUGGAUGGGGAGACAGCAAGGGCGGUGGUGGAGACUGUGGAGAGGCUCCUCGCGACCCUUCCCAGGUCAGAUCCUGCAGAGGUGAAGACUUUGCUGAGGAUGAACAAGAAGAUGGCAAAGACUGUGGGACACAUCUUCAGAAUGGGGUCCCAGGACAUGAACAAGGAGGAGGAGAUCCGGAAAUACAGUCUAAUUUAUGGACGCUUUGACUCCAAGAGGAGAGAAGGCAAGCAGCUCACACAUCAUGAGCUGAUCAUCAACGAAGCUGCAGCCCAGUUUUGCAUGCGCGACAAUGCCCUUUUGCUGAGACGGGUGGAGCUCUUCUCUCUGGCUCGGCAGGUGGCGAGAAAAUGUGCCUACACCUCCACGCUAAAGCAUGCAAGGACGAAUGCAGAUGAGAGCAGCAUUCUGCCCCAGAAGAGAGCGAGACAUGAGGGAGUCGUGCCUGAGAGUGUGUCAUCACUCCUCGGAGUGGAGGGAUCUGAGAGUUUGACUCAGAGGGCAGAUGACGACAGCUUAUCUGCAGAAAGCCUGGACAGUGUAUCACAUGACAUGGGCUCCCAGUGCAACCAGUCUCCAUCCCCCCGCCCUCACACCGACACCUCCAACCCUGCCAGCUGGAGUCGCCAUCUCAUACAGCAAACGCUUAUGGACGAAGGGCUGAGACUGGCACGGAUGGUGUCACAUGACCGGGCGGGAAAGAUCAGCCUAGGUUCAGACGGCGCUCACUCCACAGACCAUGACAUUAAAGUGGAAAAGCAGAGCUCGAUAGCAGCGUGCAGGAGCAGUAGCCCUUGUGUCACCAAAGAUGACUCCAACCACCGAGGAAAAUGAAACCCUCAGAGUUUAACAGGGAACAUGAACGUGGGCCUACCAAUGAGCUCCAGUCAGUCUUCUAAACAGGCCACAUGUACUUCACUGAUAUCUGAUGGAGAGAAGACUCUUGUUGACGUCAAACCAGUGCAGGAAAUGUGAUAACUUACCAGCAACUGAUAUUAUAAAUCUGCAGUGACUUCUGAAUCCAGAAGUUGUGAAAGAAGUUCAAAAUGUUUUUGAUUUUAUAUUCAGUGAAUACACGGCGGAGAGACUUUUUGUUUUAUUUUUUAACACAUGGACAAAAUGUCCAACAGAUUUGAGCUGAUAUAAGAAAAAAGCUUAAAAAAAAAAAAACCUGAAUAACUUACUGAAUUACUUUGUCGUGAGCUUUGCUGUGUGUUGGAAGUGCCACCUGCUUGAGACAAAAUGGUCUCAACACAGCAGGGGGCACUGCAACUUUGGAAACUAAUUCUCCAGUUCCUCCGCACUGAGCAACGCAUUGUAGUUGUGUAGAGGAAGCGUGUGUUUAGCAGAGAGACUUUUAAUAACACUUGCAGCAAGUUAGAGCGUAAAAGCAGUAGGAUUAACCCCCUGAAGCUCCUCACUCUCAGGAAACAAGUGGAUGUUCUGGUGGUAAAGUCAGACAUGAAGAAUAUUUUUAAGAUAGAGCCUUUUUGACAUGUGUUUUGAUCUGGAUUCACGUGAGCAUGCAGGCUUUGGGGAUGAGAGACCCUUUGUCCUUUGCUGCAUCCACUUACAUCCCAUCAGAUCUUUUAAAAAAAAAAAAAAAGCAAACACAAAAAAAAGUCUCGCUCACAUCUUUCUGUUGCACAAAUGGCUGAUAUGA